AUGAGCCCUGUCUUGUCCAAUAAGCAUGUGGCUCCUGAUCAUCUGUUGCAAAUCUGCCAGCGCAUUGGUCCCAUGUUGGAUAAAGAAAUUCCACCCAGUAUUUCAAGAGUCACUUCUUUACUUGGUGCAGGAAGGCAGUCUUUGCUACGUACAGCAAAAGACUGCAGGCACACAGUUUGGAAGGGCUCUGCCUUUGCUGCUCUUCACAGAGGAAGACCUCCCGAAAUGCCGGUGAAUUAUGGUUCCCCACCGAGUCUUGUGGAGAUACAUCGAGGAAAACAACUCACAGGGUGUUCCACUUUUAGCACAGCAUUUCCAGGAACCAUGUAUCAGCACAUCAAAAUGCACAGAAGGAUUCUCGGACAUCUGUCUGCUGUUUACUGUGUAGCAUUUGAUAGGACAGGACAUAGAAUCUUUACAGGUUCAGAUGAUUGUUUGGUGAAGAUUUGGUCAACACACAAUGGCCGCCUAUUAUCCACAUUAAGAGGUCAUUCUGCAGAAAUUUCAGAUAUGGCGGUCAACUAUGAGAAUACGAUGAUCGCUGCAGGGAGCUGUGAUAAGAUCAUCAGAGUGUGGUGCUUGAGAACUUGUGCCCCGGUCGCUGUGCUCCAAGGACACACGGGGUCAAUCACAUCUUUACAGUUUAGCCCAAUGGCCAAAGGCUCCCAAAGAUACAUGGUCUCUACUGGUGCUGAUGGGACAGUUUGUUUCUGGCAGUGGGAUUUAGAAUCCCUGAAAUUCAGUCCACGUCCCCUGAAGUUCACGGAGAAGCCUAGACCAGGUGUUCAGAUGCUUUGUUCUUCUUUUAGUGUUGGUGGUAUGUUUUUAGCCACAGGUAGUACUGAUCAUGUAAUCAGAAUGUAUUUUUUGGGUUUUGAAGCACCUGAAAAAAUCGCGGAACUUGAAAGCCACACGGAUAAAGUUGAUAGCAUCCAAUUUUGUAACAAUGGUGAUCGGUUCUUAAGUGGUAGCAGAGACGGAACAGCACGGAUUUGGAGAUUCGAGCAGUUGGAAUGGAGAAGCAUUUUAUUGGAUAUGGCGACCAGAGUCUCAGGGGACUUAUCUUUGGAAGAGGAAAGGUUUAUGAAACCCAAAGUAACAAUGAUAGCUUGGAAUCAGAAUGAUAGCAUUGUUGUCACAGCCGUGAAUGAUCAUGUCCUUAAAGUGUGGAAUUCUUACACUGGACAGCUGCUUCAUAACUUACUGGGACAUGCUGAUGAAGUCUUUGUCUUGGAGACGCAUCCCUUUGAUUCCAGAAUUAUGUUAUCUGCAGGACACGAUGGCAGCAUAUUUAUAUGGGAUAUUACAAAAGGCACCAAGAUGAAACAUUAUUUUAAUAUGAUUGAAGGACAAGGACACGGAGCUGUUUUUGACUGUAAAUUUUCACAGGAUGGACAGCAUUUUGCCUGUACAGAUUCUCACGGACACCUUCUGAUAUUUGGGUUUGGAUGCAGCAAGCCGUAUGAAAAGAUUCCUGAUCAGAUGUUCUUCCAUACCGACUAUCGACCACUGAUUAGAGAUUCUAAUAAUUAUGUCUUAGAUGAGCAAACUCAGCAGGCUCCUCACCUUAUGCCUCCACCGUUCUUGGUAGAUGUAGAUGGAAACCCUCAUCCAACUAAGUAUCAGAGAUUAGUGCCAGGCCGAGAAAAUUCCGCAGAUGAACAUUUGGUUCCACAGCUAGGCUAUGUGGCAACAAGCGAUGGAGAGGUGAUUGAACAAAUUAUAAGCCUCCAAACCAAUGAUAAUGGUGAACGCAGCCCCGAGUCCAGUGUUCUUGAUGGGAUGAUAAGACAGUUACAGCAGCAGCAGGAUCAGAGACUGGGAGCAGAUCACGAUACCGUUCCAAGUGGACUUCCCAGUGGGGAAGAAACACCCCGAAGAGGUUUUAGAAGACUGAGCUUAGACAUCCAGUCCCCUCCAAAUAUUGGUCUGCGUCGUAGCGGACAAGUGGAAGGUGUUCGUCAGAUGCAUCAGAAUGCUCCACGCAGUCAGAUUGCUACUGAGCGUGACCUGCAGGCUUGGAAACGAAGAGUGGUUGUACCAGAGGUACCACUAGGCAUAUUUAGGAAAUUGGAAGACUUCAGAAUAGAGAAGGGUGAAGAGGAAAGAAAUCUUUAUAUAAUAGGAAGAAAAAGGAAGACUCUCCAGCUCACACAGAAGUGUGAGUCGCUGGUGCUGCUGUCCCAGUCCCGGCAGAGGACGUGCAGGCGCAGGCGCCUGAAUUACAGUCGAAGAAAUCUUGGGCGGCUUGAGCUGUCUUCUGGAAAUGAAUCUUCGAGCUCUGGAAGACACGAGACUUCCUGUGAUCAGAGUGAAGGUUCUUGCUCUUCUGAAGAAGAGGAGUGGAGGAGUGACAGGAGGAGUCAGAGUGACAGCGAAAGUUCAAGUGACUCGUCAUCUAGAUACUCUGACUGGACAGCUGAUGCAGGCAUCAAUUUGCAGCCUCCUUUACGAACGUCAUCACGUCGACGAGUUACCCGCUUUUGCAGUAGUUCAGAGGAUGAAAUGUCUACUGAGAAUUUAUCUCCUCCAAAAAGGAGACGAAAGAGAAAGAAAGAAAAUAAGCCUAAAAAAGAGAGCUUGCGGAGGAUGACUCCGGUGGAGCUUGCAAAUAUGGAACAUUUAUAUGAAUUUCACCCUCCCGUGUGGAUAACGGACACCACACUUCGAAAGUCUCCUUUUGUUCCUCAGAUGGGCGAUGAGGUAAUCUAUUUUCGACAGGGUCACGAAGCUUAUAUUGAGGCUGUCAGAAGAAAUAACAUUUAUGAACUGAACCCUAAUAAGGAGCCAUGGAGAAAAAUGGAUCUUAGGGAUCAAGAGUUGGUCAAAAUAGUUGGAAUACGAUACGAGGUUGGGCCCCCUACGCUCUGUUGCCUCAAACUAGCAUUUAUAGAUCCUGCAACUGGAAAACUUUUGGACAAAUCUUUCUCUAUUAGAUACCAUGAUAUGCCCGAUGUCAUUGACUUUCUUGUACUGCGUCAAUUUUAUGAUGAAGCAAGACAGAGGAAUUGGCAGUCUUGUGAUAGAUUCCGUUCUAUCAUUGAUGAUGCUUGGUGGUUUGGAACAGUGCUAAGUCAAGAGCCAUAUCAGCCGCAGUACCCUGAUAGUCAUUUCCAGUGCUACAUCGUUAGGUGGGACAAUACUGAAAUUGAAAAACUUAGCCCAUGGGACAUGGAACCAAUUCCUGAUAAUGUUGACCCACCUGAAGAGUUAGGAGCUAGUAUUUCUGUCACUUCCGAUGAGCUAGAGAAAUUACUCUACAAACCUCAAGAUGGUGAAUGGGGCCAGAAAUCGAGAGAUGAAGAAUGUGAAAGAAUUAUUAGUGGUAUAGACCAACUUUUGAAUCUUGACAUAGCAGCGGCUUUCGCGGGGCCAGUUGAUCUGUGUACGUACCCGAAGUAUUGCACCGUAGUAGCUUAUCCAACCGACCUCUACACGAUUCGAAUGAGGCUCGUUAAUCGAUUCUACAGGAGGCUAUCUGCAUUAGUUUGGGAAGUCAGAUACAUAGAACAUAAUGCCAGGACAUUUAAUGAGCCUGAAAGUGUAAUUGCAAGAUCAGCUAAGAAGAUAACUGACCAACUUUUAAAAUUUAUCAAGAAUCAAGACUGUACACAUAUCUCAGAACUUUCUAACACUUCGGAAAAUGAUGAGCAAAAUGCCGAGGAUUUGGAUGAUAGUGACCUUCCUAAAACAUCUUCUGGAAGAAGGAGAGUCCGUGAUUGGAAAAAAACGAGCAUCAAAGCCACCAACUAUGUUGAAAAUAACUGGAAGAAACAGUGUAAGGAACUAGUGAACUUAAUUUUUCAGUGUGAAGAUUCUGAACCAUUUAGACAACCUGUUGAUUUGGUUGAAUAUCCAGACUACCGAGAUAUUAUAGAUACUCCAAUGGAUUUUGGAACAGUAAGGGAAACUUUAGAAGCAGGAAAUUAUGACAGCCCUUUGGAAUUUUGCAAAGACAUCCGGUUGAUAUUUAGUAAUGCAAAAGCAUAUACACCAAACAAAAGAUCAAAGAUUUACAGUAUGACCUUGAGAUUGUCUGCCUUAUUUGAAGAAAAAAUGAAGAAAAUCUCCUCUGAUUUUAAAAUUGGUCAAAAAUUCAAUGAAAAACUUCGAAGAAGCCAGAGGUUCAAGAGACGGCAAAAUUGUAACCGUGUCAGUCAGGCCAACAGAAGUAUCAGAAAUAUCAAACAGAAGCGGUUAAAAUCUCAGACAAAAGUAAUUCCUGAAUUGGUGGGUUCUCCUGCCCACUCUCCCUCCAGUAGGGGUGCCUAUUCUGCAGGCCGUAAGACAGGUGCUAGUGUCUCUUCGGGCUUGACUUCUGGCGACUCCUCAGAUUCGGCAGGAUCGUCAGAAAGAAUGAGAAGACUUAGGACUGUCACUCUGAAAAAUGGCUCCACGUUAUCUGAAAGUGAAAUGGAAGAUUCCUUAGGUACCUCUUCAUCUUCAGCUUCAAAUAGUUCAGAGGAAAGCAAAGAGAGUUCAAGACCUCGGGAAUCUUCCUUACGUAGUGGGCUGGCCAGAAGCAGUAAUCUCCGGGUGACCAGAACCAGAGCUGCUCAAAGAAAAACUGGUCCAGUUUCUUUAGAAAAUGGAUGUGGCAGAAAAGCCACUCGAAAGAGAGUCUAUUUAAGUGACUCUGAUAAUAAUUCAGUGGAGGCUGGUGAGAGCCUAAAAGCCAGGGCUGGAAAUAACCGGAAAGUGCUACGAAAGUGUGCUGCUGUGGCUGCCAAUAAGAUCAAGCUGAUGAGCGACGUCGAGGAGAACUCUAGCUCUGAAAGUGUCUGUUCUGGCCGGAAGCUGCCUCACCGUAAUGCUUCUGCUGUGGCUAGAAAAAAGUUAUUACACAAUUCUGAAGAUGAUCAGAGCUUAAAGUCAGAAAUUGAAGAAGAGGAGCUAAAAGAUCACAAUCGACCAUCACCACUGUCCAAUUCUCAUGCUGCCCAGAAUACUGUGAAUGAAUCUGAAAAUGGGGAUUCAGAGUCAGAAAGUGACUUACGAGUAGCCCGAAAAAAUUGGCAGGCCAAUGGUUACAAGUCUCAUACUCUGGCAACUUCUAAAACAAAAUUUCUUAAGAUAGAGUCUUCUGAGGAAGACUCUCAAAGUCACGAUUCAGAUAAUGUACAGAACAGAACUGCUGGUCCGUCAACCUCUGGGCAGAAACUUAGGGCAAAAAGCAUCUCUGAGGAAGAGGAAGAAGCAGAUUCCGAACCGGGAAAGUAUGCUGGUAGAAAGUACAACACAGGUCGCAAGAAUCUUACUUUCCUUAAAAAAGCAAAGAUCUUCAGUGAUUCUGAGGACUCCGAAUCCGAACAGCGAGAUCGAGAAGAUGGCCGAUGUCAUGAAAUGGACACCAACCCGAUCAGAGGGGGUUUGAAGCGUGAACCAAUUGCCGGGUCCCAGUGUUUCUCAGAUCAUGUAUCUGAGACCGAUUUGGAUUCAGAUGAUGACAAAACAAAAGAAAAACCCAACAGUUUUGUGAGAGAUUCUCCAUCACAAGACCAUGGACAAAGCAGAAAGGUUUCCAGGAAAAGGGUCUGCUCCAGUGACUCAGACAGCAAUUCCAAGGUGAAGAAGAAGUCCUCAAAAGCCAAAACUAGGCUCAGGACUCCUCGAAGAAGUGCCAGCACGCCAGCCGGUAAGAUCAAGCUCAUGAGCGACGCGGAAGACAGCAGUUCGGGCAGCGUGUGCACUAGAAGCCGACACGGGAGGAAGAAGCCCGUCCCUGCCGCCUGUGCCUCUUCCGGCCCAAGAUGAGGUGAGUCGGAGGGAGCCGCAAGCUGUGAGGCCAGGCAGUGUGCUUGCGGAGGGGCCCGGGAGAGGCGGCCUGGUCAGGAGGGCCACUCCGACUGAAGGAAGUCUGCCUGGUUCAGCCUUGAAGGCAAGCGGCGCCCGGGGCCCCAGGGCCCGGGCGAUCGGGCGCCUCCCCAAACUCAGCUACAUGUCUGGUCUUCAGGGGAAGAGUCGAAAAAAGCCAUAUCAGGGGCUUAGACCGGCAGAAAGAAGGUUUCCUUGGAGGGCCGCCAGCGGGGCAGAAAGCGGCUGAGCCUAACAGCUCAGGAGGAGCUGAGUGAAUGCGCGAGGUGGAACGGCCGUAGCUCGGACCCGACCCUACGCGGGAAGCGCCAUUCAUGGGGGGCAGCCCGGCGGCAGCCGGCGGCCAGGCGGGGCGGGGCGGAAGCUUGAGCUGGGCGCAGAGGAUGCGCCCGGAUCCGGGAGGCGCCGGGAACCCCCCCGCGGUAUGGCCGAAGCGCGCUCCAGGCCUGUGCCCUGUCCAACGGCAGGUCAAUCGAGCCGGCCUCCGCCACCGAGUCCGACGGGGACUGUGCCGACGACGCGAACACCAAAAAGAGGAAAACGAAGGGAAAAAGCAAAGAUGGAAAGGUAAAGUUCAAAGCGUCAACCCUGUCUCGGCAAUCUGGCAUGGCCGGGCGGCAGAGACAGAGCAAACGGCCCAGGUUGAGUGUGGACGAUAACGACUGGGAAGAUCUGGACUAUGCAAAGUCGAAAAGAGGGCUUCGGCGCUCGAAAAUAAAAACGAGGAAUCAGGGCAGAAGGACCGUGAGAUACCACGAUGGGGAUGAUGACAGAAGCUUAGAGAACGGGAUAGAUUUUGAUGAUUGCACCUUAUGA